AUGUCAUCUUCUCCCAUUAUCAUAACAGCUCUCUUCAUCUUGACUUUGAUGUUGGGAGCAUUUGCAGCAUCAAAUGCUGAGUUGAGUGCAACAUUUUACUCCUCCACAUGCCCAAACGUGUCUAGCAUCGUCCGUUGUGUUAUCGAGCAGGAGCUGAAAUCUGACACUCGAAUUGGUGCUAGCCUCAUUCGACUUCAUUUUCAUGACUGCUUUGUUGAUGGUUGUGAUGGUUCGCUUUUGUUGGACAAUAGUGAUACUAUACAGAGCGAAAAAUAUGCUAAUCCAAAUAACAAUUCAGCCAGAGGUUUCUCCGUUGUAAAUACCAUAAAAACUGCUGUUGAGAACGUUUGUCCUGGAGUUGUCUCCUGCGCUGACAUUCUAGCCAUUGCAGCCGAGGCCUCAGUUUAUUUGGGAGGAGGACCCAGUUGGGAUGUGCUACUGGGAAGAAGGGACAGUAGAACAGCAAAUCAAGAAGGAGCAAAUAGUGCCAUCCCCUCCCCUUUCGAAAGCCUAAGCGAAAUUACAGACAAGUUUGCUGCUGUUGGACUUGACACUACAGAUCUAGUCGCCUUAUCUGGUGCACACACAAUGGGGCGUGCCCAAUGCAAGAAUUUUAACCAGCGUUUGAAUGCAAGUAACCCUGACCCAACAUUGGACAGUGAUUACCUGGAAACUCUGAGUGAAAUAUGCCAAGCUGGGGAUGAGGAGUUAACUAAUCUUGAUUCUUCUACUCCAAACACUUUCGAUAAGAAAUAUUUCAGUAACCUUGAAAACAAUCGUGGGCUUCUGCAAACGGAUCAAGAUCUGUUCUCAACUACUGGGGCUGACACUGUCGACAUUGUUAAUCGAUUUGCAAGUAGCCAAAGUAAAUUUUUUGAGAGCUUUGCUCAAUCCAUGGUAAAAAUGGGUAACGUUAGCCCAUUGACAGGAACCAGUGGUGAAAUUCGGUUGGACUGUAGGAAGGUUAACUGA